UUUCAGUUGCAGCAGUAACUUGUUCAGAGAUGAGUAUCUAUGCUGAUUCACAAUUCUGCUCUGGUGCUUUGAACUGGUUCAGCCAUUAGCUAAUUGUAUGGUUUAGUAAAUUUCAAGGGGCAUUUAUAUUUUGGACUUUGGACUUCAUGGAAGACGAUUGGAAUAUGUGGACUGAGUGCGUCAAUAGAUGGUCUGUUUUGGUGGAAUCACCAGUAAUUUUAAGACUUUUUCCUGAACCGAAGUUAAAUUAUAAAGGCAUAGCAGUCAAGUGGCAGUUACUGUCCCAUAAAUAUGUUUAGUUUCGUGAAACAUGUCAAAUGUGGGAAUAGAGGAGGUAAGUUAGCUCUUGAUGUAAGUUGCAAGCAAUCGUGGAAUUCCGGGAAAUAAGAAAAAAGGUUCAACCAAGAGAUGGACUUUGAACCAAUUUCAAAAGGGGGCUAAAAAAAAAGAGAAGGAUUUUGAAUAUGCAGUUUAGCUCAGAGUCUAGUUCCACAUUUCUUCAAGUCAGUUUGGUUGACAGUUUCUGUGAACGGCAGCCUGUUGAUCUUGAAAGCUAGCAGGACCAAUCUGACUGAAGGCUGUCUUUCCUUUUACUAGAAUUUGAGUGUCAUAUUGUUAUUGUGAACAGACACCAGAUAUAUGAGUCUCUAAGUGCCUUUGCAUGGUAGCAGCACUUUCUCUUUUUAGUCGAUCUGCCAACUACGGUUUGCUACGUUGAUUCUAAUUCGUGAUCUGUGAUGUCCUUGUAUUUGUAACAGUGUGAAGUUCUUUUGAAUGGUCAGUGGAUGAUCCUGGGUGGUGGAACUUAUGAGAGAAACAUAACAACUUUCUUGCGUUUGCUUUAAAUUUUAUGGGGAUGCUAAAAUAUUUACUUUCCCAUUUAUAACUACGACGGAUCUAUAUUAGACGACAUUCGGCGAUACCUGUUCUUUGUUCUAAAGAAGCUACAGGGAAAAAGGUCGAGAGCUAUGUGGUAAUUAGCUGAUCUCCUGCCUCUACACGAGCCACUUUCAAGAUUGAACUUGAUUCUUGAUUUCCUGACCUUUUGAAGCCCUCUAGAAGCUGUUCUGUGCAGAGUCUGGAUGCAUUUCUCUCUCAUUCUCUUUCUUGAUCCCUCAUUCUGUUUCACUUGGUGGUUUGCCACUGUCAAGAUUGAACGUGAUUCUUGAUUUCUUGGCCUUCUUGAAGCCCUUUAGAAGCUGUUGCAUGCAGAGUCUGAAUGCACUUCUGUCUGAUUCUCCUUCUAUAUAGAUCAUUCUGUUUUACUUGGUGGUUGAAUGAUCGUUUCGCUGUCGUGAGAUGUUCUUCUCUUGAGCAAUUGCAUUGUCUUCCAUAUCGUGGACCACCAGAUGAUGACAUGCUUUUGAAGACUCAGGAGUAGCGUUGCUUCAGCCAAGUUAGCACCUUCAGAAUGGAUUAUCGCUAUAGAUUAGUUUAUUAACAAUUUGCUCUGUUCCCUCUGAAUUGCAUUUUGAAGGCUCAAAGUGGAUUAGCUCUUUUGAGUUAGCUUUAUCUGCUUUGAUGCCUUGCUAGCAGAUAGUGUAAGUGGGAAGGUUGAAAAUUUUCUAGCUGGGGAUUGCCUUAAUGAGGAUUAGCUGGGCUUGUGCUGGAAAAGAUAGUGGAAUGAAGAUCAGUAUUUUGAACAGUUACUGAACAAAAAGUCAAAUGAUGUUUGUGAGAAGUUUUACCAAGGAAAUUUACCGGGAAAAUGUCAUACCACAGUAUGCUUUGUCAGUAUGGUGAACCCUUGCAGCCGUAAGCUUUGUUUGUAUGGUUAACCACCUGUUCUUAGACACACCUCCUGCAAUACUUUUGCUUGUCACUCAUUAGUCUGGUUGAAGUAAAUGAAGGAAGUUUAUGGGUCCAUCAAAAGUUCCAAUGGGCAUGGAUAAGAUUUAUUCAAGAGGUUAGGAAGCCUUCUUGUUUGGUUUUAUUGUUUUAGUUGUUAAUGGUAUUGAUUACACUGGAUACAUGUGGUCUGAGUCAACCUAAUGGGUCUGAGGAUGAUAAUCUGCAGACCUGCAGAUUUCUGCUGCCCAAGUUAUGCUGGAAAGAGAUACAGGCCGUCCUCGUGGAUUUGGGUUUUUAACAUUUGCAGACCGUGACGCCAUGGAAGAUGCAAUCAGAGAAAUGGAUGGUAGGGAGAUUGGUGAUAAAGCGAUCUCUGUGAACAAGGCCAAACCAAAGAUGGGUGGUGAGGAUUCUGACCAUGGCUAUGCUGGCAGUUACUUAUCACGUGGCAGGGGUAGCUACGGAGGCGGUGACAGGGGUAGUUAUGGUGGCGGUGACAGGGGCGGCGACCGGGGUAGUUAUGGUGGCGGCGAUAGGGGUGGCGACAGGGGUAGUUAUGGUGGUGGCGACAGGGGCGGUGACAGGUCAGCAGGGCAAGACAAUUGCUUCAGGUGUGGCCGCCCAGGCCAUUGGGCUAGAGACUGUCAACUAGAAGGUGGUGGCCGUAGUGAACGUGCAGUAUCCCCCCCUCCUCGAUCAAGGUAUGGUGGAGGUAGUGCACGUGGGGACCGUUAUGGUAGUGACAAUCGGUACACGGAUGAUCAAUACGAUAGAGGCCAUUAUGCUGAUAGGGAGCGCUAUGUUAGCAGAGAUGAUAGAUAUGGAAGCCGUGAUCGGUUUGCCAAUGACAGGCACCCUCCUGGUGGUGGUGAUCGUUUUGCGGGCAACAGGUAUGGGGUUUCUGACCGGUACGCGCAGAAUGGUUCUGGCAAAGAGAGGGGUUUCGACAGGGAUGUAGGCCCACGAGGUGGCGACAGGUACGCGGGUGGAGGACCAGCACGUUACGAGGGAAGAAGUGUCAGAGACAGAGCGGGACCAUAUGAUCGCCCUCCUAGGGGAGGAGGACGUCCACCCGCCUUUGAUCGUUAUUGAAGGGCUAAAUCUGUGAUGUGUUCAUCUAUCCAUGUUUGGAUUUUAGCUGUCUUUUGUUAUCUUGCACUUGUAUGGAGAAUUAGGAUUUGAUUAAAUGUUUCACCAAAAAAAUUAGGAUCGAUAAAUGGCAGUUGCUUUGUCUUUCUUUCCAAGUAGCUAGCAAGUUAAUAUCUGUGAUGCAUCAUGGCUAUCAUACAGGGUUGGCCUCAUCUUGUUUUUUUGGCCGAUUCUUCCUGUUUGUUGCUCUAGUAGAGGUUAUGAACUCUGGUUUAAUAAUCUGUUAUGAUGUAAAGAUGUUGAAUUGUAUUAA